AGCAGAUGCAGCCAGUGAGCUCGCGGUGCGGAGCGCGCUGUAGAGACAGUGGGAGGCACAAUCCGCGUGCAGCCAGCGCGAGGCAAAGAUCUACCUAACGAGCCGUGAGCAAUGACUGGACACAAAACGCACGAGAGAUGACUGAUCACGCAGCAGUUUGGAACAAAUGACAGAAGAUUACACAUGCAGAAGAUGCCAGCAGCUGGAGAUCAAUCUAAUUUGAUUAUAUUUAAAUACUGAAAGAUGCUGCGGACGGUUCUGCCUCCAAUGGAUUCUUAAAGUUGCCCCAAGACAAUUAACAUCCACGAUUUUACUAAAGGGAUCUCCUGGUGGAAGUCAGAGAGCGGGGGCCAGGAUGUGGCCCCCCGACCUCGGGCCUCCAGAUGUCCAGCUGACUCUUCCUGGUUUUGGGAGUGUGUUUGAAGAUGCAGAGGACCUGCAGGCACCGCUGUCUUCUGGUGGCUUCUGUCAGUCCUCAAUACAUUCAGCUGGUCUGUGCUGUCUACCAAGGACCUCCCUGUCCCUGUCCUCCCUGGGGCGAGACCUCACCUCUUUACUCAACUGUAAGACUAAUGGUUCCCACAUAGAAAAGACCGUGGAGGACUUUGCCACUACAGCACACACAGACCCUAAAAACACCCAGAGGUUUGGUUGUUACCCUCAGCCCUCCCUCCCUUUAUCCUACAUGCUCACCAGCUGUGCCACAUCUCCUUCUUUCUGCUCCCCCUCACCCUCUGUUACCUCUACCUCCUCCUCAUCAUCUUUAUUUUUUGCCUCUUCCUCGCCUCUCUCAGACGCCAACAACAAAGCGUCUCCGCAACAACGAAAGCUACAAGAAGAGUAUCACUCCAUUAAACAGGAGCCUGCAGAUGAUUUCAUGCCAUGUAAGAGGGAAUCGUUCCAAAUGAACAACCAGCAGGGGGAGCUGUUCCAUGUUGGCCAGCCCCUCCAAUGCCACGAUGGUCAGGACAGCACCCAGACCCCUCUGCACUCCCCAAGGCUCAACGGACCUGUUGGACAGGACCCUGCAGCGGACCAACAGGAGCAGCUCUGUCACUGGAUCGACUGCAGUGCCACGUACAGCAGCCAGGAGGAGCUGGUGAGGCACAUCGAGAAGGUUCACAUCGACCAGCGCAAAGGGGAGGAGUUUGCAUGUUUCUGGGCCGGCUGCGUUCGCCGCCACAAACCCUUCAACGCUCGCUACAAGCUGCUCAUCCACAUGAGGGUUCAUUCUGGAGAAAAGCCCAAUAAAUGCAUGUUUGAGGGCUGCUCCAAGGCCUUCUCCCGUCUGGAGAAUCUGAAGAUUCACCUGAGGAGCCACACGGGAGAGAAACCGUACAUCUGCCAGCACCCCGGCUGCCUCAAGGCCUUCAGCAACUCCAGUGAUCGGGCCAAACACCAGCGCACGCACCUGGACACGAAGCCAUACGCCUGUCAGAUCCCGGGCUGCACCAAACGCUACACCGACCCCAGCUCGCUACGGAAACACGUCAAAGCUCAUUCAGCCAAAGGCCUUCAGGAGAGGGAGGUCAAGGUUCAGGUGCACACAAUGCUGGAAUCUGACAUUUUGAGUGAUUGUCUGGCGAGGCAGCAUCUCCACAGCUCUGCCUCUUCCCACCAAGGAAACAGCUCACCUCUACCAGGCUUAGAUGACUUCACAGGUGUGUACUCAAACAGCAGCUCCGUCCACAACAGAGGGAAUUCAGAGUUUAUCCCUCCAUCAGCAGACACCUGCUCCAGGUAUCAAGGCUUAGAGGGAAACUUUGACGCCAACAGCCCGAUAUCUUCGUUAACAAGUCCAGGGAGCAUGAGAGAGGGGACCAGAUCCACAUCGUUGUUCAUGCCGGCUGACGUCAGCCCAGUGAGCUCUUCAUCAGACAGAGUUGACGUCCGGCUGCAGGGCUACCAGAAAACCUACAGCCACCAACAGCAAGUAUUCUCUCAGCAGCAAGGCUGUCUGUAUGGAGAGGGAAAGGUGGUUCAAUCAGUCAACGAUGGAGGCUUUGAACCUGCCAGUUACUUCACGAACCCCCCCACCUCUCACUCCACAGGGUUUGACUUGUUGCAGGACCUGCAGGGCCAGGCAGGGGGCGGUUACUCCAUGUCUCCCUGCCCAGACGACAGCUUCCUCUUCCAGGCGGGAGGCGUCGACCGCUGCCUCAAUCAAAUCUACUCCAUCUACCUGGACUCGUGAUGACAGCCCAGAACCAGACAAAACCAAAAUCACUUUGUUUUCCUAAGGACAAAAUGCAGCAUGACUGAUGUGUGACGGACAAUCACAUCCACAACAUGCUGUUCACUCAGAAGUGAAGUUGUCAGCAUUGUUCUCGUUCUCGGCUGAAAAAUAUGGCAGCAGGAGUUUUAAUGGUACAGACAAAAGUGUAAAACUUACAAAAGGCAGAGUAGAGCCAAACAUAAACAGCCAAAGAGAACAUCUGGUCAAAUUGUAGAUGUAAAUAGCAGUGACUUUUUUAUUCAGAGAUGACCACAGCAUUUGUGAUCUGGAUAGAAUGACGAGCUAUACACUUCAUCAGUUUUGUUUGAUCCUUUGGAAAGUCGGUCAGCUGGCUCUCUGGCUCUGCCACUGAUGUUAAACUCAAUCAGUGAGGUUAAUUCUGCCCCCUCGAUCAGCAGCUUUGCCAACAGGAAGUGUUAAAACAACGAUCUUUGAGUGAACAGAGUGGAACAUUGUAAUGCAGAUACUGGAUGCAAGAUGUGACAAGCUGUCGCAAGAAGCUUCAUUUUAAAUGUCACAAAAGCCAAAAAGGUUGGGAACCAUUAUGUUAUAGUGGAUGACAAGUAGCAUUUAGCAGUCCAGGCCCCUCAAGGAAUAGUUCAGUUUUUGAGACUAUGGUAACUAUGAAGCUAGGCCAGCAGUAGGUUAGCUUAGCUUAGCAGAAAGACUGGAAAACAGGUAAACUGGCAAAAGUACCAAAAUUAGCCUACCAACAACUUUACAGCUUACUCAUUGAUGUGUUGUAUCUCGUUUUUGUAUAAUAAGUACAAAAACCAAAGAAAAAUGAAUGUCAUUUUACAGGGGGAUUAUGUGGUGGACUGUUUCUUUGUAGGGACAUCCUAGAGCCUUUAUUUCCAUGUUUCCCAAAUUUUUGACCUAUUCUUUCAAGGUUGAAGCAUGUUUUAAGCGAUUGAGCAACCUCAAACUGCUGGAUUAUUUCAAUCUUCCUGGAGUGCAGUUACACCGGAGGACGCUGCAGGAGAGCGGAGUGUACAGUAAACUGUAGCAGUGCUGCCCCCAAGUGUCUGAUUGAGUGUACAUACUGCAAAGCAUACGGCCUGUGGAACAGAGUGGGUCAGUGUGGAUGACUCCUGGGACUGGAAAACUGACAAACAAAACAAAAACCAGCAAUAAAAUAUAGUUACUCUCAACGGUUCCUCUGUCAUGGACUGAAAGGUGCCAACAAAUAUGUUUUAAUAUGUGUAAUCUAACAAUCAAAACAUAAUCAAUCUCCUUUUUCAUAUUGUCUCUUGUUGCUUCAGCACAGUGUCUUUACAUGUUUGUUGUACAGUUUCUAUCAGUGUUAUACUCAUUGAGGGAGGUGUGCAUUGUUUACAAUAAGUUCUCUGCACUCUUUUCUGUCUCAUCACAGAGACUCUAAAAAAAUGACCAACCAGAAAAUGUUUACACUGAUUUUGUAGCAAGUCAGAGAGAUUUCUUAUUAUUGUCAAUGAACAGUGUAUAGACUGUAUAAAAAUGCAUCUGUGUUUUAUAUCUAAAUAAAACAUUUGUUUGUA